AUGACUGUGUAUGAUGAUGUUCUUGAUGGGAGAUUCAGAGACAGACUGAGGCUUGAUGAUCAAACUGGAUCUCUGACCAUCACAAACACCACAACUCAACAUGCUGGAGUUUAUGUGCUAUGGAUCAACCAGAUCAGGAUUUAUUUAUUUCUCAUUGUCUAUCGUGAAAUAUCAGUGAUGGAGGGAGAUUCAGUCACUCUAAACUCUGGUCUUACUGAAAUGAUGCAUGAUGAUCAGAUUCAGUGGAGGUUUUGGAUUAAAGAGACUUUACUAGCUCAAAUCAGUAAAAAGGUUGACAGCAUUACUGUCUACAAUGUUCAUGAUGAGAGAUUCAGAAACAGACUGAAGCUGGACGAUCAAACUGGAUCUCUGACCAUCACAAACAUCAGAACUGAAGAUACUGGAAGUUAUGAACUGCAGAUCAACAUUUACAGCAGCUCUUUUUUUUAUCUCACUGUCUAUGUUCAUCUGCCUGUUCCUGUGAUCAGCAGAGACUGUUCAUCUUCAUCAUCAUCAUCAACGUGUUCAUUGGUGUGUUCAGGUUUAAAUGUGAGUCAUGUGACUCUCUCCUGGUACAAAGGAAACAGUUUAUUGUCCAGCAUCAGUGUGUCUGAUCUCAGCAUCAGUCUCUCUCUACCUCUGGAGGUGGAAUAUCAGGAGAAAAACAGCUACAGCUGUGUGAUCAACAAUCCCAUCAGAAACCAGACCACACAUCUGGACAUCAGCAAACUCUGUCAACCAUACUCUGUUCACUGUUGUGGUUCUACUGAAGCUGUGAUCCGAUUGGUCCUCUCUGUUCUGGUGGAUGUGGCUACUGUCAUUCUUCUGGUUUAUGACAUCAGAUCCAGAAGAACUGAUCAAGAUCAACCACAGCCCUCAUCACAAACCUAA